GCGGAGUGCAGUUUGGAAAAAAAUAUCAAAUCGAUAACCGGAUGAGGGCGUGUUGAAGAAAUCCAAGCUGGGACAACUUGAAUCUCAAAAACACAGUUUGUGUAGUGUACGGGUACGAUAAUUACGCAGUCUUUCCGGUAGUACUAAGAAAUCGAGAGGCUCGAUAUCCAUCGCAUCUUUCCCUACCAUUAUAAUUCUUCUCUCUCGACUCUCCCCCGCAUCCACCAUCACCACACAACGAGCCAACAAGAUGCCGUCGCAAGCCGUCACCUACACCACCGCUGCCGUUGCGGCCGUCGCCACGGGUUUCCUCGCCUACGCCGUCUACUUCGACUACAAGAGGCGCAAUGACCCCGAGUUCAGGAGACAACUCAGGCGCAGCGCCAGGCGACAGGCUCGUCAGGAGAAAGAAUACGCCGAGUUGAGCCAGCAGGCCCAGAGACAACGAAUCAGGCAAAUGGUUGAUGAGGCCAAGGAGGAGGGCUUCCCUACCACUUCGGACGAGAAGGAGGCCUACUUCCUCGAGCAGGUCCAGGCUGGUGAGAUCUUGGGCCAGGAUCCCACCAAGGCCAUCGAUGCCUCCCUCGCUUUCUACAAGGCCCUCAAGGUCUACCCUACGCCCGGCGACCUUAUCAGCAUCUACGACAAGACCGUUGCCAAGCCCAUCCUCGACAUCCUCGCCGAGAUGAUCGCUUACGACCCCAGCCUCAAAAUUGGCACCAACUACACCGGCGGCGUCGAUGUUGCCGAGCUCAUGCGCGAGAUGGCCUCCGCCCCCGGUGUUGGCCUCGACUAAACGAGUCCACCAAAUACAGCAAGAAGCAUAACGCUAGGGAGAGUGACAACAAUAGCCCACCUCGCAAGAAACGUCCGGGGGUAUCAGUUGACGUUGCGGUGGUUCCCCGCAGUCCCUCAAAGGGGUUAGGGGAAUUGGGUGGUUACGGUUGUUGGGAAAACGGCGCGUGACGCACCAACGAUGGCUUUUGUGGACGAAAGGAAGAAAGCUAGGAAUAGUGGAAACAGGACGAGCAUUCCAACAGACGACCCCGGAUCGAUUUAUACCCAGCCAGCUAGAAGAAAAAGGGGAGGCUAGCGGUCCUUUGCUUGUCUGACACAUAACUCCCCUUUCAACGUACGUCCUUUGCACCGCACUUUGGCUCUCUCUCCCCGGUCAGUAUUGCUCUCUCACGUCACCACUCUUGAACUCCCAACAGGUCAGCAGGUUUACGAGCACCACACUUCCUCCCUUAUCAUUGGCUGGCUGGUAUCUCAACCGAGCGUUUGAGGGUCGAACGCUCACCCGAACUAUCUACCUACCACCUUGUACAAUAUUUCUGUUCUGUUCUGUUCAUGUUCCGGAGAUGCGCGGGAUGGUGGUGGUCUCCUAUUUUAUCCUGUAGCAUCAUGUACAUAGCGAAAAUUGGGUCCUAUCAGGAUAACGGACGGUGAUUUCUGUAUGCGCGAACGGGAUAGCAGGCCACUUCAGGGGUGCUUAAUGAGACAAGAACGUAAGAAACGUAUUGCCAAUCUUCCCACUACGAUCCAGUACCAGUUUGUGUGUUAGCUCAAGACCUCGUGUCAACUUUCCUCUGCGUUUUUAUGGCUAAUCAAUGCGUGAUCCUAC